GUGAAACCGUGACCAUAGAGAAAAUAAACGCUGUGACCUUGAGUUGACAGCUUUUUGUUUUGAUUGACUAACCUAAAAACUAAAGGAAUAUUUGUGUUGAGGAGGUGUUUCAGUUCAUUUUUAUGUAUUUUCCACCAAUAUGGCAUCAAUAGAAAAGAAGUUGAAACAGAUUAAGAACAAUGUCGUAUCAGACUUCGUGGACAGCACUCAGCCGAUCCCCAACAUCGUGGAGCACUUCUCCAACCACAACAACACAGUAUUCCGCCACUACUGCCGAGUACUGGGCAGAAGAUCCGCGCCAAAGUCGGAUCAACCGCAGCAGUAUCAUUACCUGACUCCGGGACACCCUCUAAAUACCUUCAAAGAUGACUGGGAUGGAGUACUACCCUCGAGGUACUUUGAUCAGUUCCUGUACAACUGCACCCUGCCCAGGGUGAUCUCUCCUAUGAGGUGUAAGGGCUGCUCGGAUCCUCUCACUGGUUUUAUGCGGAAGAAGAUUGAAUGGAAGAACAAACUUCUUUCAUAUAUUGCAGUUACUGAGUCUUCAAAACACCUCAACAAAUUCAACAAGUUGAAUGAGAAAGUGGUUCGAUGUCCAAAGUUACUCUUAGACUUUGCUGCUCACCUAGAGCUGGACCCGCUGCCGCACUUUGACAGUCCGUACAACUGGUACUACAGCGGGGCCGGGAACAUGCACCUUGUUUUCCUUGAUGGGGAACACUUUGUGUUACAUAGCGAAUUCCAUACCUUAUAUUUAACAAAGAUCUCAUUGGACAAUCUUGAGGUUGACCAGAAUCACAUCCUAAGCUAUGAAUGCAGAGAAGGAGACAACAUUUGCGAGACCAUCUACUCGGACAACCACAUUGUAGCUCUGAGGACCCUCACCAGAGUUGUCAUCCUGAAACUUACAGUCACACACAGCAGCUUCAUCACUAUAGAAAAGCUGAAAGAAAUAGAAAAUUCUGUAACAUACACCAGCAUAUCUUUUGAUCCGCAUCACAAAGAUAUCUUGUAUGUAACAUCUCUAGACAAUAACUUGACUAUAAUUAAUCUAGACAUGAUGAAGGGAAGAAGUGUAAAACUCACUGAAACAGACAAUCUAAUCAACAAUUGGAGCUCAGUGGCUGGUAUCGACAGAUACAGCUACUGCCAUGUUUCAAGAAAAUCAAUAAAAAUCUACGAUAAGAGGACAAACACUGUUGCACAAACAUUAGACGAUCCAAGCGAUGUGUCUGAUGAACCAUGCAAUGAAUUCUCUGUUGCCACAAAGUGCAAAGACAUCCCUCUGUUGUAUGCAGCUACAAACCAUCACCUAUUCCUAGCUGACACGAGAAGUCUCAAGAAGAAGCCAAAGUAUCUUCAAAGAUGGACGCACCAUAUGAAAUGCGUCCCCACCUACAUAUCCUUAUGUAAAUUCGAAAUGAUGAAAGAUAUACUAUGUAUUAGCAGUCAAUGGUAUGAGGACAUGUGCAUUUUACCCAAUGAUUCCGAUUGCUUCGACAGGGAAGUCCAAACCACGGGUAUAUUCAUGCCAUUCCGACCUCCCACCAUAGAGCAAACACUGAAUGCGGCGCGAAUGAAAAUGCUCUGCUUAGACAUUUACAACCCAAUAGAAACCAGAAUCUACACCUCUAUAACUGGCUCCUCAAUACUAGAACACGAGGGCAACUAUUUGGCGAUGACCCAAAACGCUCUCGGGGACAUAAUCUGCUAUACACUAUACCCCAACCACAUACAAAUGGAAGACGAUGGGCUGGAGCGUUUCCACGAAUGGUGUAAAGACAUUCGUGACGACACAACUAAAUACGAGGUGUCCGGGAUAGUAAAUGUUGCAAAAUUGUGGAACAAGUUGAGGAAAGUACCAGAGGAGCAUAAGUUCAAUGAAGAUAAGUUAGCGUGGGAGGAGGUGAAGUACUCGGAGCAGGAGGUGGUGGAGGCGUUCGAGAAGGACGAGCUGGACGGCGGGCUGCUGGACGCCUGGUGCCGCGAGGAGGAGGACCGGCCCAAGAACGAGCUCGCCAUCAAUCUGCAUUUCUCUGACAGUGAAUAAUUUGGUAUUCCAGUUAAGGGUUUGUACACAAAACUGCGUUACAACGUCGCAUCGUAAAAACCUGCGACAGUAAUCAAAACUGUCAAAACAGUCGCUGAUUUUUGCUAUGCGACGUCGCAACGCAGU